GUGGCUGGCUACCACCGUCCACAACCACUUCACCACCAUUUUAACUCCCUUUGACUUUCCAACUCCCGAUUACAUAAAAUUAGUUUAUUAUAAUGAAACCAACUUCCAUCCAUCCUCAUCCUCUUAUUGAACGCACACUAUUAUUCUUAUUUAACCCCUCCUCCCCUCAAUACCGCCGCCCCUCCCUAACAGUUUCUUCUUAUAUCUCUUCUUCCUCAAUUCCGCCCUUUUCAUCUAAAACUUUAAAUACCAAUAGUAAUAGUAAUAAUAAGACAUCCCCACUUGUAAAAAACAACAUUGUUAAUAACGAUCAUGUUUCUAAUUACUACUACUUUGAAGAAGAGGUUCAACCUACAAACCCAACCCCCCAUAAACUUAGUGUCUCUUCUUCUGAUCAGGCUUUCUUUCUCUUCACCUUCAUCGCUUGCACGGCCACAGCUUCAUUCACUGGUUUUGUCAUGGCUGCUGUUCCUACACUCUUUGCUAUGAGCAGAACUGCAAUUGCUUUUGCAAAGUUGGCAGAUACUGCUCGUGAGGAACUUCCUAGUACAAUGGCUGCAAUCAGGCUUUCUGGCAUGGAAAUCAGUGAUCUUACCCUCGAGCUUAGUGACUUGAGUCACGAGAUCUCUGACGGGGUAAACAAGUCUGCUCAAGCUGUGCAAGCAGCAGAAGCUGGGGUUCGACACAUUGGUUCUUUGGCUCGACACAAAACUAUGUCCAUGAUUGAGGAACGAGCAAACCUUCCUGUCAUCUCAAUACAACCAGUUGUUGCUGGGGUUGCAAAGAAGACUUCACAGGCUGUGGGACAUGCCAGUAAAACCUUUAUGAAUAUGAUAUCUGGAGGUGACUCCGAUGACUCCACUUUAGAAGAUGGAAGACCUGCCCAUGUUGAUACCUUAGAGUCUUAGAAGAAAAGUACAUAAUACAUGCAGAUCAGCAGUUCUGCUAUGCAAUCUUUAACGCAUAGACGUUACUCCUGGAAUAUGUGUUCUGAUAAGCAUAAGUAGGAUGUAUUCAUAUUCAUAGUUAAUAAUAGCUUUUUUCCCUUUGUACUUUUUUGUAUUACACUGGUUCUCCUAACUGAAAAUUUAUUGCUUACUUUUAAUCUCACA